AUGAAGCUCAUCUUUCCUGUCUUUGCCAGCCUCGUGCUACAGUACCAGGUGAAUUCAGAAUUUUUGGUCUUAAAAAGAUGUUUAAUGGGCUUUGGGAAAUGCAAAGGCAGCUGCCGUGCGGAUGAAAAAGAAAUACAGAUGUGCAAGAAGAAAAAAUGUUGUGUUGGACCAAAAGUGACUCAGCUGAUUAAAAGCUACCUACGACAUGAACUGCCCCGUAUACCUGAUAGCGACUUAAUAGAAAUGCUUAAAAAAACCAAGAAUUUUAGUAUUUCAGUACAAAGAAAAUAUAUGUUACCUGCUCUCCCCAAAAUCGAAAGCACCAGCCCUUUUCUCAACACCAAUUCUGUCAUUACCCCAAAUGGCUCCCCAGUGAAAUCCAACACCAGCAGCACCAGGUUGCCAAGCCACAUCACGCACACUGCUACUUUUAUCAAGAGCAACACCAAACAAAGCAGAGAUAGUUCCAGUGCCCCCUCACCACCACCAUAG